UCGUCCACCACCACCAUCACCGGCCUCUCACGACUCUCACCUCACCGUUGUCUCUCAUAUCCUCCUUUUCCUCUCUUACUUUUCUCAACUGAAGGUGUUGGUUUCGCAGCAAAACUUGCUAUUAACAAAAGCCAGAAUUUCAAUGGAGUGCGUGGUUCAGGGAAUUAUAGAGACACAGCAUGUUGAGGCGCUAGAGAUUCUUCUUCAGGGUCUCUGUGGUGUUCAUAGAGAACGUUUAAGGAUCCAUGAAAUAUGCCUUAAAAAUGGCCCAACCCUUGGAAUUGUACCUUCAGAGGUUCGACUUCUAUGCGACCUUGAACAGCCUGAACCAACAUGGACUGUGAGGCACAUAGGAGGUUCGAUGAGGGGUGCAGGUGCUGAGCAGAUCUCUGUUCUCGUUAGGAACACAGUUGAAAGCAAAGCAAGCAAGAAUGUUCUUCGCUUGUUUUAUUCACUUGGUUACAAGUUGGAAUAUGAGCUGCUGAAAGUGGGAUUUGCCUUCCAUUUCCAAAGAGGUGCUCAAAUUACCGUCACUGUAUCAUCGGUUAAUAAAAUGCUAAAACUACAUGCUACCGAUGAGGCUGUGCCUGUGACUCCUGGAAUACAACUGGUUGAAGUGACAGCCCCAGCAACCUCUGAAAAUUAUUCUGAAGUUGUUGCUGCAGUAUCAUCUUUUUGCGAACAUCUAGCCCCGCUUCUGCAUUUAUCAAAACCGGGCAUUUCGACUGGGGUUGUUCCUACUGCCGCCGCCGCUGCUGCAUCUCUUAUGUCAGAUGGUGGGGGCACAACCUUAUAGCAGAAAUUUCAAACUGCAUGAGAGAAAUGUAUUGCUUUCUUUUGUUUUUUCCCUCCCCAAUUAUUAAUCUGAUGGUAUUUCCUGGCGGGCAAGAGUCAUUCUUGUAAUAUAAAUUGCUUAGAGAAUUUUAUAGUUGCUGAAGUUGCCAUGGACAAGAAAGAAUCGUCCUUUUGAUCUAAGUAGUUGAGUAAGAAAGUAAAUUGCCAAAACAAAAAGGGUUAUUGUUGGCAAGA